AUGCCCCUCUCAAAGGCUCCCAACGAGCCAAGAGGCGCCACCCCAACAACGGCCCAUCCUAUCCGAACUGGAAGGAAGACGACCACUGAUAAACCCCUGCUCACUUUCAGCAAGCACAAGUCAGACCAUACAAUAGGAAUAGGAAUCCAUACAGACGUGAAAAACCUGGAAUCUGCAACAAGACUCCUAGCUACCCACGGCCUGACAAUCCCAUCCACAGGAAUCACCUUUGAAGUACUGGCUGAUGCCCUUUUUGAAUUUACUCUAACUGCUAAUCUUGGAGCGACACACACUGACAUUCUCAGAGCCUUUGCCAUCACAAUAGAUGACACCAACCAAACAGCACAAGUAUCAACCCUCACGAACAAACUCGCAACCACCCUGAAUACCCCAAUUGAACUACUAGAAACACGAGUAGAAGAACUGGGAGAAUGCCUCACCCAGCACAAGCAGAAUCUAGACUGUGCUGUCACCGAGGUGCGCUCUCAAUUGCACGACUUUUCCGAGCACAUAGGCAAGGUGGUGGAAGACACCAUCCGUGCAACAAGGGAACAGGGAGACGCAGCCAAAACAACAGAGAACAGGUCUGAAGGACCUUUGAACUAUGCAAACACUGUCAGAAAUUCUUGCAUGCACACCCUUAAAGACCUAACAGAACUCCAACUAGUCGCGAAGGCCACACUAGCACUCGAACUCCUCAAGAAGAACAGCAAAACCAUCCCAGAAGGAAUGGCAUUCCUAUCAGCGCACAGACUCCAACACGGCGGCAUACUAUAUGAAGUCGACACCCACCUAUCUGCCACCUGGUUCAAUGAACCAGCAAACUGA